ACGCCCCCCACCUGCCCCCGGCUGCGCCCCGCGGCCGUGGCCCCCCCCCGACGGCGGCGGGGCGGGGGGCUGCCCGCGCCCCCCGGCGCUCGGGCUUCACGCAGGCGUGCAGCCUGCCGCGCCCCGGUGACGGCCGGGUCACCGGGGACCUGCUGCCCCGCUGAAUCAGCCCUUCCCCUCCCACCACAUGCGCAAGGAGGGAGGCGGCCCGGGGAAGCCGUCUCGGCGCAUAUAAAGCGCUGCCGGCGGGCCGGGCAGCGCCGCUCGCUCCCGGGACCCCGCUGCCACCCGCCCGCCCUCUCUCCCUCCCUCUCUCCCGUCCGUCCGCCCGCCCGCCGCCGCGACAUGGCCGCCGGCCGCCGCCUCCCGCUGCCCGCGCUGCUGCUGCCGCUGGCCUGCGCGGCCCUGGCCCCGCGCACCCUCACAGAGAAGCAGCGCGCCUGCCUGCUGCCCCCCGAUGACGGCCCCUGCCGCGCCCUGGUGCCGCGAUGGUACUACGACAGGUACACGCAGAGCUGCCAGGAGUUCACCUACGGGGGCUGCCACGGCAACGCCAACAACUUCCUCACCCUCGACGACUGCGAGAAGAGCUGCUGGACCAUCAAGAAAGUGCCCAAAUUAUGCCGGAUGGAGGCUGAUGCAGGACCUUGCAGGAGUCAUCUAAAAAGAUACGCCUUUAACUUGAGCUCGAUGAGGUGUGAGGAGUUCAUCUACGGUGGCUGUUAUGGAAAUGGCAACAACUUCAGAGAUUUGCAGUCUUGUGUGGACCACUGUCUGCCAGAGAAAACUGGUCCCUUGCUAUGCUAUAGCCCAAAGGAUGAAGGACUGUGUUCUUCUUCUGUGCCUCGCUAUUACUAUGACAGUAAGACUAAAUCAUGUAAGGAGUUCAAAUACACCGGCUGUGGUGGAAAUGCCAAUAACUUCGUUACUGAAACAGAUUGCUACAAUGUCUGCAGAAAAGGGACUCAGAAACCAAGAAUCAACAAGCCAACAAAUGUAUUCCGCAGAAAAAUGAUGAGAAAACUGAUUAAAAAACCUCAGAUGUAUAACCCGAAGUCUUAAAGCUGAUGUGCACUUGGAUGUUUGAAACACCUUUUGAUUCCACUUUCUUCUUUUGUAAGAUAGUUUCCACACAGUUUUAUACACCGACAUAGUUCUGUCUUUCAGAACUGCUUUUUACUUCCAACUUACUUUUUAUAAAGAACUGCAUUUAAUAGAAGAAGGAUGAACCUAAGUUUGGUUCUUCUGCUCUGUUGUCUUUGCAGUAAUACUUUGGCAAAGCCAGGUAUUUAGAUUUCCAUGUUUUUAUGGGUGAAUGUUACUACUGCCUUGGGAUAAUAUUUCAGCUGUUACAAAUCAAUUAAGAUUUGAAAAAUCAUUUGUCUCUUAGUAAAACUAAGGAGAGUACAAAGCUAAAUGUCUACCAUGGAUUUUUUUGGCAUCCUCUGCUUGCUAAAGAAAAGGAACCUUUCAAAAGUGUGUUUAGAGGUUUAUUGCCCUGCCAUUUUACACACUUUGGUACUAUCAUUAAGGAGACUGUCCUUUACGGUUAUGUUGAUAGUCAAGGCCUUUAGAAGCCUUCAUAAUAGUAAAAGAAGUAUAAACUUAAAUCUGGCUCAUCCCACAAGAGAAAAUUGGGAAUAGGGAUACUUUGGUAAACACUCUGACAAAGGCAAUGAAUAAGCUGCUGGAGUAUUAAAAUGAAAAUGUACCCAUUACUUUUUCAUUACAUUUGAAAUUUCUGCUAAGUUACACUCCAGAUCCUCGUAUGGGAUAAAUCAGCAUAUUUGUAUUGAUUUUAAUGAAGCUAUGCUGAUUACAUCUGCUGAGGAUCUUGAUAUUUGUGUUUAUACGGUGGCUGUUAAAGCAGAAAAGCAGAAGCUUCUGCAAAUCUCGUGUAAUCCCUCUUUUGAGGCACUAUUGUAUUUCUUAUGGUAGAUUAUGCCUAUGGUGAUAUUAUUGCACCUUCUUUUAUGUUUUGUAUUUAAGCCAUGUCUGAAUUUCAAUUAAUUUCACCUACGAUAUUUUCUAAAUAUGAAUUCAUAAGUAAUGUUAAUAAAAUGGUUUUGGGGAAAAAAA